GCCAGCCAAGAUAUCAAGAAGCGGAAGAGGGGUUGGAUCGGUCACACCGUGCGAAAAUUUAACAAGGUGAGCUCUGGGCUGGAACCCACAGGGUGAUAAAAGGGUGUGAAGACCCAGAAAGACGUGGAGGAGAUCAGUCCACAGAGAGGCAGAGACAGCUGGCAUGACAUGGUCCCAACUGAAAGGAACGCCCAGAACCGGGUCCGAUGGCGGCGUGUGGUUGCGGCCCUAUGCUCCACUGGUCGCGAAUAGGAACACGAAGAAGAAUAUAAAUGCCAUAAAGUUUCCCCGUUUCUUUCUUUAUUUUGUGUGUGUGUGCCUGUAUGUAUAUGUGUGAGUGUGUGUGUAAAAUGAGGAGGGAAAUCUGUUGAGUAGUCCGGUGACUUUUUAAUACAUUUAUGUGCAUAUAUGGGGAAUUGUGUGAACGUGUGUGUAAAGGAUCGUUUUUGUGUGUAUUUUAACUACGCGUGUGUUUGUGUGAUUGGAUGGUCAGUAAGUGAGAGACAGUGGUUUGUUUCCUGAACGUUAGUAGGUAGUGUUGCUCAGUGUGUUUUGCCCUACGGCGGUGAUGUGACUGUUGGUGACGUCUGUUCACACGUUGCUCGCUCGCCGACGUUGACGCGUGCACUUCAUGUAUUAGAGCCUCCUGUGCUUGGUCCGUGUGUGUGUGUGUGAAGGGUGAGUGAGUAUGUGUGUGUGUGAAGGGUGUGCGUGCGUGUGUUGUGCGUGUGUUGUGCAUGAUGCUGCCGUCGUUGCUGUCUCCUUGUCUCCUGUGUUAUCCCCCCUGCCAGAUGUGAAAACUAUAAAAGGUUCAAAUCUCUCCUCCUUCCAGACACUGCUUCGGCGGGACGUCCUGUCAGUGGCAGCGCUUGUAAAGACCAUCUGAAGGUCGUCAACAUGUGGACAACAAUGAUUUUACCCCUGAUACUUCUCACUGUGCUCUCUUGCCUUCAUGCUCAGAACAGCGGCAGCGCCCCCUCACAACAAGUCCAGCUACAAUCCAAUGGCAUGGACUACGCGCUGUUUGGCUACAACAGUCUCAAGGGAUGCCCUUUGACACUAGGAUAUGACCGGGGCUUUACUUUUCCCAUCUUUUCUGCACAAAGUCACGUGACGGGAGACAAUGGCGGGCCACGUGGCGUGGUUCAGACCCAGGAUGUGUCAUGUGACACGUCGUUUACGUCGACGGUGGUAGAGACGCCGUACGACCUGACCACGCUGCUGACUGGCACCGCGCGACUCGGUGCUGAUAAGUGGGGGCCUCCCUUCUCGGCCAGCCAACACUUUCUAAAGUUCUCAGCGGAACUGAAACAAAAUGUGCUGGUCUUUUCUACCGCUGUGUGCAGUAUCUAUCACGUGAAGCUGUUACUCUGGCAACCGCCGUCUUUUCAUUCAUCGUUCGUGGACUGGAUCAUUAAGCUCAACAACACUGAUGACGAGGACAUGUACCUGAAGUUCCUUGACACCUACGGCACACACUUCGUGUCACGGGCCCGCUUUGGGGCCUCGAUAACAGUCGUGCACAAGAUGGAGGAUAAGGUUUAUCGGCGCCUCAAGGAGGGUCACGUGACGUCAGCUGCUAGCUAUGUGGCUGCUGCGCUAUUUGGACAACCCCAGACCUUGACCUCUGAUCAGCAAAAGGCAGCAAACGAGUUUCGAAAUGAAGUGGAGACAACAACGAUUGUUGUAGGUGUUCCUCUGUCUUAUGCAGGUAACAGUCUGACUUGGUUCACAGCAGCGAAAGAUCAACCCUCCGUCAUCCACUAUGACCUGACCUCUGUGGAGGUUCUCUUCUCAGACACCCUCAUGGGUAACUCGAGUCUCAUUGGCAGUUAUGGUAUUGACCACGUCAGGAUCACGAACAACAUCCUGGCUGUCAAGGCAAAGUACUGUUGGACUCUAAAGAGACAAGACCUGACAGGUGAGUGUCAAGGUAGUUCAGGUAAGACCCUGCUUUCCACAAAGUUGAUGGGGAAGUCGGAAGACAGAGCCGCUGAGUCCGCUGACCAGUGUGUUGAGGGAUGCUAUCAGCUUCCGGGCUGCGUGGCUGCGAGUUUUUGUCCUGAGUGUAGACAGACAAACCUCAGCAACAACUGUCACGUGUUCAGUGCUGGCGACAUACAGAGAGCAGUGAGCGACCCCAGGUGGCAGACGACCAUUUUAGUUGACAAAGUGGAGACAUUUGUAAAACUACAAAACACCACGGUGGUUGUUAGUUCUAGUUCUCAGUCUAACAUCUCUACUGUCACCUCCGCACAGGACUGCUUGCCAUCUUGUAUUGAAGAUGCCACGUGCUUGGCCUUCACCUUGACUGACACUUCCGGGUCCUUAAUUACAUGCACGCGCCACACAGACAUACUUCUGUCUUUGACACAGAGAACAGGUGUCGCUGUGUACUUCCUCUCCCCGCUGGUAAAAAAAAUUCUCAGAAGUGGACAGACGAGAGGCCUUGCUCCCUCCUCCAUGUACAACGACUGGAACAACGCAGCCUGUGUCAUCGACGACGAGUGUCGUCGGGAAAACUCGAUGUGCUUUAUGAACAGGUGUCGCUGUCGUCCAGGGUUCUUCUCAACACUUGACUACACGUGCUCUGCCACUUGUAGCCUAGCUGACCUGCACACCACCUUCACGGAGUACCCUGACAGCGGAAUAAGGGGACACAGUAUCGUGACACGGGAUGGAGUCAGUUUGCAGACGUGCAGCAACCUGUGUGUCGGCAACAGAGUUUGUCAGUCCUUCGAUUUCAAAGUCACAGGAGGGCGCUGUCAGCUUCAUGAGGUCACCUCGCUCCAGGCUCAAUCAGAGUGGUAUCCUCAGAGCAGUCGAGGCUGGACCCACUACCAGAGAACCUGCCUGCAGUUUCCCACCUUAUACCCUGGACCUCAGUGGUACAACUCACCCUGCAACAUCAACGCGGUUUGCCCUGAACCCAACAGUCAGUGUGUGUCGGGUAGAUGUGUGUGCAGAUCUCACUUCUUUUUAUCAGAAAGUACUGCCGCCUGUUACGCUGAGUCAUGUCGAGACUGGCAGACAACAGGAGGCAGGUCAGGUGUCUACUCCAUUCAACUGGCAGAAAACAGUAACCAAAUGAGAGUCUGGUGUGACAUGGACUCUGGUGAUGGAGGGUGGCUGGUGUUCCAGCGACGUAGAGACGGUUCUGUUAGCUUCUACAGGAACUGGACGCAAUAUGAAAACGGCUUUGGUGACAUCACCGGGGAGUUCUGGCUGGGGUUAUCGAACCUGUACUUGCUAACCAAAGGGAGACAACAGCAACUCCAUGUUGAGAUCGAAGAGAAGAUUGGAGGACGUCGCUACGCUGAGUACUCGUCAUUCAGAGUGGAGGGUCCUGAGACAAACUACAGACUGCACGUGUCUGGCUACUCGGGUAAUGCAGGUGACAGCAUGGCGUUACAUAACGGAGAGAGUUUUUCAACUUAUGACCGAGAAAACGACAAGGAUGCGAGAAGAAACUGUGCCUCUACGUUUUAUGCUGCCUGGUGGUACAAGGCUUGUUACAACGCUAACCUUAACGGCCAGUACAAUGGGGGUGAAGACGGAGUCGGGUGGUAUCACGCGUACAAUGAUUGGAGAAGCUUCGCAUUCGCUGAGAUGAAACUGAGACCAGCCUAGCAUCUCCUUGUCUCCUGUGGUCUCACUGUUCUGACGGUCAGUCUGCUGUACACAAGUUUCACUGACGAGGUCAGCUCUGUGCAGACUUCUCUUGUCAUAAGUGUAUUGUAGACUCAGUGUAACCUGUAAACAUUGAUUGUUUAUUCUGAUGAUGAUGCUACAUUUUUACUAAUCUUAAAAUAAUUUUCCUUGGAUAAAUCAAUAGGCUUAAAAUGUAAAAAAAAAACAAUAAUUAAUUAAAUAAUUGUUGUUGCUGCUGUUUAGUCCUUAUUACUCCUCGAAGAGCAUAGGGCCGCAAAUGAUUGAUUAAUACAAAAUAUUUAUUGCAUGUAGGUCUCAGAAGACAUAAUUGAUUUUGCUUGUAUGGUAUUUUGAUAGUGUUAAACGACAAUGAUGGACAAAAACAAAAGAACAAAGAAGGAACCAUAAAAUUAAAUUUAGCUUGAAAGUUUGCAGGUAAGCAAUGAAACAGAGCACUGCAAGCUAUAGAAAUUCGUGACUUUUUUAGAUUAACAAAAUUCUAUUUUGAAUCUUGUAUUUGUUAUCUCUUUGUCUUGAUUAUCAAAAGUCACAAAAGUGUUUCAUUCAACAAUUGCGAUUUUACACUAAAAUAAUGGACUAUCACACAUUUAGUUCUCAGACAGACAACGGGAAAUUAAGUUUAUGACUUUAAGAAUAAGUGCAAGUUUUUGUAACUUUAAAGAAGUAGUGUGAAUGAAAGGAUCACCUCUCAAAAUAAACUGAUAAACUGGGUGUCCAGUCACUUAAUCCCCAGACACUUCAUACCAGACACUUAAACCCCGAUAAACUGGUAUGUUAUAUUACCAGACCUUAAAGUCAGAAAAAUUGCCAAAUUAUGGUAAGUGCAUGAUGCAUUCUGUAAUAAGUUUUUUUAUGUUUUGUUUUUUCUAUUUCCUUUCAAUUAAAUAUUUUAUGCUUGUCUUGAGCAAACUAUACAAAGUGA